AAUGACGCGUCUGUCUCUCUUCGCUGUUGUGUUUCUGCUCCAGGAAGCUGUUACCUUCCGCCAUGAAACCACAAAAGAACCGGAAAACACAGCGUAAAGGUUUAUAAUCCGACCAUAAAACCACGUUACUAAAGAGCCCACAGAGUGUAUUUAAGGAUUAGCACUGCGUGUAGCCUCGUAAAGUGUUAGCACUGUGAGCUGUUUAUCUGAAGGAGUGCGGCUAGCGUUAGCAGCUAACGGCUAACGGCUGUAGCUGGAGGUAGAAUAAAGAUAUAUAUUAAUAAAGAUAUAUAUGAAUAAAGAGAUGGCGCACAGAAGGGUCUGUUGUUCCGGGGGGGUUCUGCUCCUCCUGCUGCUGUUUGGGUCUGAAGCCAGGAUCCACAAACUCACCCUGAAUAAUGAAACCCGGUCCUCUGUCGAUCUCAACAACUUUGGUUUCUACGCCAACGGGACUCUGGACGUGAAGCUGGUGUCUCUGCGUCUGCCUGAGAUCAACUACACCAUGUACCCGCUCGGGUUCACCCUCUCCAGGUCCAGAGUCAAUGGAGUCUUAUCCUACACAGCGGAGGAGACGGACACGUGUCCACUCACUGUCCCGAAGACCCCCAACAGCGAGCCUCUCCUCCUGUUCCUCAUCGACAUCAACAAGCUAAGCGUCACUGUGAAGGUGAUGGGGAACCAGGACAACCUGCUGAUAGCAAAGCCUAAAGAUGGGAGGGAAAAGAGGGAGGCUGCUCCUGCUGCUCCUGCAGUUGUGAGGGAAAAGAGGGAGGCUGCUGCUCCUGCUGCUCCUGCAGCCCCCGCAGCUCCUGCAGCUCCCGCAGCCCCCGCAGCUCCUGCAGCUCCCGCAGCCCCCGCAGCUCCCGCAGCCCCCGCAGCUCCCGCAGCCCCCGCAGCUCCUGCAGCCCCCGCAGCUCCUGCAGCCCCCGCAGCCCCUGCAGCUCCCGCAGCCCCUGCAGCCCCCGCAGCUCCUGCAGCUCCCGCAGCCCCCGCAGCUCCUGCAGCUCCUGCAGCCCCUGUAGCUCCUGCUGCUCCUGCAGCUCCUGCUGCUCCUGCUGCUCCUGCAGCUCCUGCUGCUCCUGCGAGGGAAAAGAGGGACGCUGCUCCUGCAGUUACAGCUGUUACUGCUGUUCCUGCAGCUCCUGCUGUUACUGAAGCUUCUGCAGCUCCUUUAGAUCAAGAAGUUCAGAAAGAAGGAGAAGGAGGAGGAGAAGGAGGAGGGGAACAAAGAUUCCAGCUGGACAAAAUGAAUCAGAUGACGCUCGCUCUGGACAAAGUGAACGGCUCCUACAGCUUCAGCUUCCACAUCGUGUUCAGCCUGCUGGCCGAGGGGCCCUACACCCUGAAGUUCCACUACUGCCACAACAAGGGGCCCGUCAAAAAACUGCCCUACUACUUCUCUGUGGAGGUGACGGAGAAGAACCCCGGAGGCUACCUGUCCGCAGCAGAGAUCCCUCUCUCUCGCCUCUACAUCGGGAUGGCCGGAGUCUUCUUCACCGCCGCCAUGGUCUGGGUGUACACGCUGAUGAAGCACAGGUACAGUGUGUUUAAGAUCCACUGGCUGAUGGCAGCGCUCGCAUUCACCAAGGCCAUCUCCCUGGUGUUCCACAGUAUUAACUAUCACUUCAUCAACACUGAGGGCCAUCCCAUUGAAGGCUGGGCCGUCAUGUAUUACAUUACUCACCUGCUGAAGGGGGCGCUCCUCUUCAUCACCCUGGCUCUGAUUGGCACUGGCUGGGCCUUCGUUAAAUACAUCCUGUCCGACAAGGAGAAGAAGAUCUUCAUGAUAGUCAUCCCUCUGCAGGUCCUGGCCAACGUGGCGUACAUCAUCAUCGAGUCGACGGAGGAGGGCUCCAUCGAGUACUACCUCUGGAAGGAGAUCCUGUUCCUGGUGGACCUCAUCUGCUGCGGAGCCAUCCUGUUCCCCGUCGUCUGGUCCAUCCGUCACCUGCAGGAGGCGUCCAGCACCGACGGCAAAGCGGCCAUGAAUCUGGAGAAGCUCAAACUGUUCAGGCAUUAUUAUGUGAUGAUUGUGUGUUAUAUCUACUUCACGAGGAUUAUCGCCAUCCUGCUGAAGGUCACCAUGCCGUUCCAGUGGCAGUGGUGCUACGAGUUCCUGGUGGAGGUCUCCACUCUGAUCUUCUUCGUGUUGACGGGCUAUAAGUUCAGACCAGCGUCCAACAACCCUUACCUGCAGCUGCCCCUGGACGAGGAGGACGUGGAGAUGGACGAAGUAGUGACUGAGUCCGGAGCUCUGGAGGGAAUCUCCAAAGUGAAGAAGACGUGUAACGGACAACGCCCGAGAGAGUCCACCUUGUGAGCUGGAAGCUGCCUCCUUGGGGGGGGGUACUCAACAUGGACCAUGCCCCCUCCCCUCCCCCCUCCCCCCCCCCCCCCCCCCCCUCCCCACACACCAGAUCCCCUGUUGAACUCUGGGAGAGGUUGCAGUGUCCUGUCCACUGUCUGGCUAUGCAAAAACAAAAAGACAAACUUUGUUGGACGCUCUCCAAUUCCUUGAAAACACUUCACCCAGAAACAGUGGAGGGGGGGUGGGGGUCUCUCCCCUCUCUCCCCAAAGAUCAUUAUAAUUUUAGAGACUUGCUUUCGGGUGUGUUUAUAUCGGCUAUUUAAACGGUACUGCUGCCGGUCGUACCUUCCUGUGUGUGAACGUAAGACGACGUGAAAAUAACUGUAAUGUUUUUUUAUCUUCUGGAGACAAAGCCCGGACUCAGGUGGCGGCUCAAUCACUUUACAUUUAACUUUUAGGAAUGUUAAAAGGAAGCUUUGGAAAUUCUUCAACAGAGAGGAUGUAGUGUUUCUGUGUUGGUCCCUGAAGGCAACAUCUCCUGGUCCCUGAAGGCAGCAUCUCCUGGUCCCUGAAGGCAGCAUCUCCUGGUCCCUGAAGGCAGCAUCUCCUGGUCCAAUGGGAUAAUCUGCGUCCAACAAACGUUUCUGAUUCUUGGAACACAGACCCCUCAAAGAUGAAAGCUUCCUUUCAACCCGUCCCCCUCACAGGUGGUUCUAUAGUUUCACAUCAGCACUGCGCUUUAUAUGUUACUCUGUUUCCAUAUAUUGAAAUAUAUGAAAGAGGUUUUAUAUUUCAAUAUAUUUCCUUAUUGCAUAUUGAAAUGUUAUAUUUCAGUAUUAUUUCCAGGAGAGCGAGGAGUCGCUGUAAUUUAAUGCUUUAGUGGAUGUUCAGCCCAGAUCUUCAUUUCUAAAUCUCUCAUUUAGGGAGGGGUCUUUUGGGGAGGGGAGACCCAACAGAUCAUCUCUCAUUUAGGGAGGGGUCUUUUGGGGAGGGGAGACCCAACAGAUCAUCUCUCUUUUAGGGAGGGGUCUUUUGGGGAGGGGAGACCCAACAGAUCAUCUCUCAUUUAGGGAGGGGUCUUUUGGGGAGGGGAGACCCAACAGAUCAUCUCAUUUAGGGAGGGGUCUUUUGGGGAGGGGAGACCCAACAGAUGAUCUCUGGCUUUUGGUUUUACUUUCGUGCUCUUGAUGUGAAGCUUAUUUUAUUAAUUAUUGAAGACUUAACAGAUGUAAAUAAGACUGUGGAGAGGAAGGCACUUUGAUGAAGAGGCUUUAGGACGCGUUCGGGUUCUGUUCUGAUUGUGUUGAAGGACGCAGGAGACGAGGAGGCGUUCAGGUGUGACUGUUCACCUGAGAGGAAACGGGAAGUCACAGAGGAAGUGAUGUCUGAACUGUCACAAUAAAGCUGGUGUUCUGGAAAUGU